UCUCUCCUGACCGUUGCUUCAUCCUAAAAUGGGGACUUGCCACGUUUCUCAAACUCCAUUGUUUGCUUCUCCACAAGCUCUUCACGUUCCCUUGAGCAUAACAAGAAUUGACCCAUUACUCUGAUCUCGAUUCUUGAGCUGAAACAUUCCAGAAAAAGAUGCGGUUUAUUCAUGAAUCUUCUGCAAAAAUGUCAGUAUUGGAUUUCCUGACAUUGCCAUUGUCCAUGAUUGGCAUUAUGGUGCAAAGUUGACAUUGACAUUGCAUACAAUUCAAGUGCCUUUUUGAUACAUGUAUUUUAAGUUUGAUCCUGGAUGCGGGCCUUCACAUGCCAUUUCAAGAGCUCUAUUUGAUCCUAAUGAGAAGGGGAAGGGAUUGUAGAUGCCAUCGCGCCUACCUCGUGUCUCUCUUUCUGGUUGUUUUCUUGAGUUUCUUGGGUCGCGCGAGCUCUGUGGAUGGGGAUGAUUACAGUCGGACCAACAACCCAACCGUGUUGCCUCUGGUCACGGAGCUAAUAUAUGGCCGGCUUUCAAAUCUUACCUCUCUUUUCAGAGCCGAUAUAUCACGCAGCUUGGGCUUCUGCAUUAAGGAUGUGGAUGCCGAGUGGAAUGGGGCAUUUAACUUUACAGGGAAACUGGAUUUUUUGACUUCUUGUGUUGAGAAAACCAAAGGAGAUCUUACCAGAAGAAUUUGCACGGUCGCAGAAAUCAAGUUCUACUUCAGUAGUUUCUUCGAAAAUGGGCUAACAAGCACAGAUUAUCUAAGGCCUAACAAGAACUGCAACUUGACUUCAUGGGCUUCUGGAUGUGAACCUGGAUGGGGUUGCUCGGUGGAAACAGAUCAGAAGGUCGACCUCAAGACCUCAAAAGAAAUGCCUUCGAGGACACAUGACUGUCAACCUUGCUGUGAGGGCUUCUUCUGCCCUCAGGGUAUCACUUGCAUGAUACCAUGUCCUUUAGGUUCCUACUGUCCCUUGGCAACACUCAAUAAGACAACUGGAACAUGUGAUCCAUACAACUACCAAAUCCCGCCAGGACAGCCGAAUCACACGUGUGGCGGAGCAGAUAUUUGGGCCGAUGUCCAGAGGGGCAGCGAGUUAUUCUGCUCUGCGGGAUCGUACUGCCCGACUACCAUCAAAAGAAUGCCUUGCAGUAGUGGACACUACUGCAGGACGGGUUCGACCUCAGAGAGAGAAUGCUUCAAGUUUACUAACUGCCCCAAAAGCACCGCCACCCAAAAUAUCCAUGCAUAUGGUAUCAUCCUUAUAGCUGCUGUAAGCACUCUACUGAUCAUCAUAUACAACUGUUCUGAUCAAGUUCUCACCACUCGGGAAAAAAGGAAAGCUAAAUCUAGGGAAGCCGCAGCAAGACAUGCAAGAGAAACUGCACAAGCUCGGGAAAGGUGGAAAUCGGCAAAAGAUGUUGCUAAAAAACGUGCGGUGGACUUGCAACAACAAUUGUCCCGUACAUUUUCUCGCCAAAAAUCCAAAAUGCAACAGGACCAGUCAAAAGUUGUGUCUGCGUUACCUCCAUUAGGUACUUCCAGUUCUUCUGGCCAAUCAUCUUCUGCUUCAAAGGAGAAGAAAGAGCCGAGCAGCCUCACCAAGAUGAUGCAUGCUCUUGAUGAAGAUCCAAAUAGUCAGGAAGGAUUCAACAUUGAAAUUGGAGAUAAGAAUAUUAAGAAGCAAGCACCUAGGGGUAAGCAAAUGCAUACACGUAGUCAAAUUUUUAAAUAUGCAUAUGGUCAGCUUGAGAAGGAGAAAGCACAGCAAAAUAAGAACUUGACCUUCUCGGGAGUGAUCUCUAUGGCUACUGAUACUGAAACGAGAACCAGGCCAAGAAUUGAGGUUGCAUUUAAAGAUCUAACUCUCACAUUGAAAGGAACAAACAAACAUCUGCUCAGGUGUGUCUCUGGAAAAAUCAUGCCUGGCCGAGUCUCUGCUGUCAUGGGUCCAUCAGGAGCUGGAAAAACUACAUUUCUUUCUGCUCUCGUUGGAAAAGCUACUGGCUGUACUAUGACAGGUUCAAUCCUCAUCAAUGGGAAAGACGAAUCCAUCCAUUCAUACAAGAAAAUCAUUGGUUUUGUACCACAGGAUGAUAUUGUUCAUGGAAACUUGACUGUUGAAGAGAAUCUUCGUUUUAGUGCUAGGUGCAGACUAUCUGCAGACAUCCCAAAACCGGAUAAAGUACUGAUUGUUGAAAGAGUUAUUGAGUCCUUGGGACUGCAGACGGUGAGGGAUUCUCUGGUUGGCACGGUGGAGAAACGGGGAAUUUCUGGAGGCCAGAGAAAGCGUGUCAAUGUUGGGCUAGAAAUGGUCAUGGAACCUUCACUUCUAAUUUUGGACGAGCCUACAUCUGGUUUAGAUAGUUCAUCUUCCUUGUUACUACUUAGAGCACUGCGUCGUGAAGCACUUGAAGGAGUAAAUAUCUCCAUGGUUGUUCACCAACCAAGCUACGCUCUAUUUAAGAUGUUCGAUGAUCUAAUACUUCUAGCAAAAGGUGGGCUCACGGUGUACCACGGAUCUGUCAAAAAAGUUGAGGAAUAUUUUUCUGGAAUUGGGAUCACUGUUCCAGAACGCGUCAUUCCUCCAGACCACUAUAUUGACAUCUUGGAGGGCAUCAUAAAACCAACUGCAGCAGGGGCCAAACCCGAACAGCUUCCUAUAAGGUGGAUGCUGCACAACGGAUAUACAAUACCCCCAGAUAUGCUCCAACUUGCAGAUGGACUAGAAAAGUCUUCUACUGAUACAAAUGCAAGCAACGCAUCAGAUCCUAGUGCUGGAGGCACUGAACAAUCAUUUGCUGGAGAUCUCUGGCAGGAUGUCGUCUUUAAUGUCGGGCUUAAGCGUGAUUAUAUAGAGCAUAACUUUGUGAAGUCCAAGGACUUGUCCAACCGUAUCACACCUGGUGUACUUCGUCAGUAUCGAUAUUAUCUGGGGAGGGUAGGGAAGCAAAGACUACGAGAUGCUCGGAUACAAGCAGUCGACUACCUGAUACUCUUACUAGGAGGAGCAUGCUUAGGUACUCUUGCCAAGGUCAAUGAUGAGACUUUUGGGGUCCUCGGUUAUACUUACACAGUCAUUGCUGUAUCAUUACUUUGCAAGAUCGCAGCACUGAGAUCAUUUACCCAGGACAAAUUACAAUACUGGAGGGAAAGCGAUUCAGGAAUAAGCAGUCUGGCCUAUUUCUUAUCCAAAGAUACAGUUGACCAUUUCAACACAGUGAUCAAACCACUGGUUUACCUGUCCAUGUUUUAUUUCUUCAGUAAUCCGAGAUCGUCUUUUGCUGAUAAUUACACGGUUCUGCUUUGCCUCGUGUACUGUGUAACCGGGAUAGCUUACAUAUUUGCAAUCUUCCUUCAGCCCGGCCCCGCCCAGCUGUGGUCUGUGCUUCUUCCUGUGGUUUUGACUCUUAUUGCAACACAGCAACAAACGGAACACCGCCUUGUGAAGCAUCUAGGAGAUCUGUGCUACCCCAAGUGGGCUCUGGAGGCUUUUGUCAUUGCAAAUGCUGAAAGGUACUCGGGAGUGUGGCUGAUCACUCGCUGUGGAGCACUCAUGGAGAAUGGUUACGAUCUUGACCAUUGGUCUAUUUGUCUGAUACUCCUCAUAUUCAUGGGCAUCGUUAGUCGUGCUGUAGCAUUCUUGUGCCUCAUUACCUCCCAGAAGAAGUGAAUUCCAGCUUCCCUUCUUGCUGACACCUUUUUUCUUAGUAGCACUGAAGGAGUCUCGUCUCGCUCGUCUGUACAUAAUACUAACUCAGAGGUAGAUUCAAAGAUCAGGCAAGGCAAACGUGCAUCAAGUGGUGAAAGACAGGAUGUACAAAGUCUAGGAAACAGGCUGCACAUCAUGCAAGUUAAAAGUAUUGGGAUCAUGUUGUGCGUGAUCAAAAUCCUGGAAUGCAGAGUGUUCUUUCCCAUAGGUGAACACUGUAUUCUCACUCCUUUCGAGACGAGCCAAAUGUUGGUCGAACCUGUCUUGACAUUCAGAUGAUCGGAUAUGCAGAAUGGGAUGGAAAUAUAAAAAUUUUGCUGUCUAAAUUUUGUCACAGUGAUACCCAGAACAUGUUGUGGAACCAGUGAACAUUAAUCUGCAGAUACAUGUAACUUAUGAGUUCUACGAGUUAUAUACGUAUGGACUCUCUUACUUGUGGGAAAACUCGAGCACCUGCAGGCCCAUGCAUGGUCAGCAGCGCCCCAGGCAUUUAU